ACACACACACACACACACACACACACAGGGCGUGUCUGUCUUGUAUAUUACAUAUUUCAGAUGGUUAGCUGAAACUUGUCUGUAGCAAAUCACCCACUGAAGUCACCUGGCUGUAGAGAGAAAGAGAACUACCUGACAUUGACAAAUAAACAUUCAUUGCUCUGCCAGCCUGCCUUUCCCACCUGUUACAAUGGCAUCAGUGUCUGUGGCCAACACCAAUUUCUCUCUGGAGCUAUUCAAGAAGAUCACAGAGGUCAACAAAACAGGCAAUGUCUUCUACUCCCCUCUAAGCAUCUCCUCUGCCCUGGCCAUGGUGUCCCUGGGAGCCAGAGGGAACACUGCUACCCAGAUGUCAGAGGUCCUCUGCUUUGUCAAAGCGGACAACUCUAAAAAGGCUGACCCAGGACUACUCCAGCAAGUACAAAAGCCCCAGCUUCCGCUGGCUCUGAAGUGUCUGCACCUCCACAAAGCUACAGAUAGCGUCCAUGUCGGCUUCAACAAACUCAUGAGUGAACUGAACAAGAAGGGAGCCCCGUACGCACUGAGCCUGGCCAAUCGCCUGUACGGCGAGCAGUCUUACCAGUUUGUUGAGACGUUCCUCGGCGACACCAAGAAGCACUACAAUGCCGAACUGGAGGCUGUGGACUUCAAGUCCAAUGCGGAGGCUGCCCGGCAGAACAUUAACGCCUGGGUGGAGAAGCAGACCGCAGAGAAAAUCAAGAACCUAUUGGCGGAGGGGGUUGUCGACCAACUGACCAGACUAGUGUUGGUGAAUGCCAUCUACUUCAAGGGCAACUGGGAGAAGAAGUUCAAAGAGAGCAGCACCAGCGAUGCCCUGUUCAAAUUAAACAAGAAGGAGAGUAAGCCAGUGAAAAUGAUGCAUCAGAAGGCCAAGUUCCCCCUGACCUUCAUCCCAGAGGCCAACUGCCAGAUUCUGGAGCUGCCCUACGUAGGGAACGAACUGAGCAUGCUCAUCAUGCUACCUAAUGAGAUGGAGGAUGACACCACUGGCCUGAAGAAGCUGGAGAAGGAGCUGACUUACAAGAACCUUGUGGAGUGGACCAGGCCUGACAUGAUGGACACUGUGGAGGUUCAGGUGGGUCUGCCUAAGUUCAAGCUGGAGGAGAGCCUGGACCUGAAGGACUUGCUGGCCAGCAUGGGCAUGACGGACGCCUUCGACCACUGCAAAAGCGACUUCUCGGGCAUGUCGCCCGACAACGACCUGGUGCUGUCCAAGGUGAUUCACAAGGCCUUCGUGGAGGUCAACGAGGAGGGAACAGAGGCAGCGGGCGCCACGGCCGCCAUCAUGAUGAUGCGCUGUGCCAUGAGGACGCCCACAUUUGUCGCCGACCACCCCUUCCUCUUCUUCAUCCGCCACAACCCCACCCAGAGCAUUCUGUUCUACGGUCGCUACUGCUCCCCUUAGGGGCUAUGUAGGAAAAGGAACAUUCCAAGUGGAGGGAGGAAGGGCUUUUAAUAGUAUAUACUGCAGCAGCUACAUCAAUACCCCAUCUGUGUGCUUGAGUAUAUGCUUUGAGGUCAAUGCCUUACCAAAGAAUUGAAGAGUCAAGUGUAUUUGUGAUGAAAUUAGGUUUAAUACAUUUCUUCCUGGCCUGAUGUUACGAACAACACAUUGUGCCUUAUCAUGAUCAAUGUUUCUCUACUUUCCACCUACUUCAACACACUGAAGUGCAAUUAUCCUCAAACAUAUUUUUAUUUUGUGUUCUGAUAAUGAACUCUCCUAGUCUUCUGAUACUAUACUGGUGUUUUUUUUCUUCAAAUUAAGCAACUAUAUGAAAGUUUACAGGAAAUAAAGAUAUCAUAAGUGUG